CUAACCGCUCAGCAGCAAGGCAACGUUUGUUUACGGUGUACCGCCGCCGCGUUGAAUUGUUGAUCUCGUCCUACAGGCUGUGUGAUCGGACGUCGUAUCUCGAGUCUUGUUUAAAUCUAACCUGUGAUUUUUUCGGAUAGAAGACCAAGGACCACUUUACUUUAUAUUCACAAUGGGGAGCGGUGAUGAGAAUAACGAUGGAGGUCCUAGAGAAGCCAAGAAAAGGAGGACAGAAAGUACCGACAGUGCUAUUAAGGGUGCUACCGGCGAGGAGUCCAUGGAGCCACCAUCAGAGAAGAACAACGAUCCAUUUCAGAGUAGUUUGGAUCAUGAAUGUAAAGAAGCUGAGCAGAGGACAGAGGAGGAGGACCAAGCAUGUUUUGCAACUGUUACUAAGCACAUUCGAUUACUUUUGAAAGAGAUAAAUGACUUUAAAACACAGAAGUCAGAAAAUUAUGCAAAUGAAGUUGAUGAACGGCGUAUUCAGGUUUUGAUGCUUAUGUUGUCACUUCGACGUUUGAGUAGAGUGCAAAAGGUACGAGUGAGAGAUGCCCGAGAGAGAACCUCUGAGGCUCGACAAAGUGUGGAUGGAGUGACUUUACAACUUCAAAAUCUUCUCUAUGAGGUCGCUCAUCUCAAGAAGGAAGUCCGUAGGUGUCUAGACUUCCAGUCAGCUGAUCAGGAGAUUGAUCUUGUGCCACUGGAACAGUUCUACUCAGAAGCACCCGAGUCCAUAAGUUGUCCAACAGAAACCUUGGAAGAUCCCCACAAACAGCGUUUGGCUCGGCUUCAGUGGGAACUUGAGCAGCGCCGUGAUCAAACACAGUUGUUUGACAAACUGACACAAGAGAAAGAGGCUGUUGGAGAGACAAUUAAUGAACAUGACCGGAAACUGGCUUCCUUGGCACCCAGGAUCAAUGCUAUACUUGAGGCAACCCGGCCACUGCAGGAAUCUCUGGGUUUACGCUUGGAUGCAAAGAAAGAGCAGCAGAGGAUUGUGCAGUUACUCCCAAGUCCAUUGUAUACACUUUGGGUUCAGGCUUCAGCCUAUGGAGAAGCUUUUGACAGCAACAUUAAAGUGGAAGUGUUAGGAGACAUAGAGGCUGCUAAGAAGAAGAAUGUCAAAGAUGAUGAGUCAAAAUGUGAGAAUUUGUCAGAUUCUGAUAAUGAUCAAGAACAACAAGAGGAUAACUUGUCUCGUAAGAAGCGAAAUCGUAAAAUCCAGAAGGUGGAGACCACUGAAGAUGCUGAUUAUGGUGCUAAGCAGAUCCUUGGAAUGCAUCCUCUUUAUGUUAGGAUUACUGUCAGUACAAAAGAGGGCAACAGUGUCGUAAUUGUGUUUUAUUAUAUUCGAACAUUGCGUAUAGUGACUGCGAAGUGUUCUGUUCAUCUUCAAGAGAAAACUAAGGCUGCAUUAACUGAUGUUAUAAGUGGUGACACACUGCUGAACUGUCUCUUCCCUGAUGAUCUGGGGAUAAACUCUCCAAAUCCAGCAAACUUUUAUCAGUUAAAUCGUUCUCAGGUGUACUUAAGCGAACACUUGGGAAUGACUGGACGUCCAUAUAAGUGGGCUCAGACUUUAGCUGGCUUGUCAUUUGCCAAUGCUGAUCUGCAUGCUUUGGAUGGUGAAGAUUCACAGGAUUCAGGAACUGCCAAUGGCCCAUAUGCUUCAAGCCAUCGUGUGGAUAGUGAAGCUGUUGUUUGGCAGGAUAGUGCUGAACACAUGCCUAAUACAAUUUCAGCAAUUAGGCGUCGACUACAAGCAAGAUUAGCCUUGCACAAUCAGUUAUUAAACUUGGAAAGUGCUACCUCAACCAGUGCAAUUGCCUUACCAGCAGAACUUCUGAAGCAACAUUUCCCAGGAAAAAUAUGCACGGAGUUUAAAUCUUGGCGUCCAAUGAUUUGGUCUGACUAUGAAGCAUCACCUAGCACACAACUUGUACGCGAUGCUAAAAUUGUUACGCCUCAUCAUCUGUUUUUCUCUGCUAUAUUUGAGAGAAAAAAUGUCCGGUUAGAAGCUGUAAUUGCACUGUCACCUGACCAUCCAACAACUGAACCGGUUACAUCACUUUGCCUUCAUUGGGAUGGGCAACAUCAAGCAUCUAAUAAUCCACAACUAAGGCAAAUGGAAAAAGAAGUUAAUGUACAUUGGGAUGAAUUGGCCCCAACUCGGUGUGAACGUUUACAGUUAUUGCCUCUAAUAUUGUACCGUUUGGCUGUAUGCUUGGAUGUGUACACUGAAGCCUACAGUGCUCACGUUGAAGCCAGAGGCAAUGAUACACAUUUUCACAAAGAGAAGAUAUUCUUCAGACCAGCAAGAGGUCCUGACCGAGCCUUUCCAUUCAAGUACCACCCAAAAUUAGGGGUUUUUUCACAGCGUUGAAAGAAAACAGUUUUAAGUUUUAGAGUUGUAUCAGCUGUGUUUAGCAGGUAUUUUUUCUUUUAGAAACUAACUUUUUUCCAAUAAGUACAUAAAGAUAAAGUUAACUCCAAAAUUUCUACACUGUAGACUAGACUAAACAUUUAAUUGAAACUUAUUUAAUAAGUACCAUAAUUAUUUGUCAAGUAAUGUUUCCUCUCUCCUUUUUUGUGUAAUACAUGUUUUCCAUCAGAAUAUUGAUGAUUAUUGUCUCUCUGAAAAUAUGAUUACAAACACUUUUUAGGUUUUGAGAAUCUGUACUGGUAAUAUUCAGUUGCAGUAUUAUCACAAAGGCCAAGUUGAAAGUAAACAGAAAAAUUACAGAUAAAUUGGUGCACUAAUAUGAUUUGUUUCAUAAUUUCUUGUAAUAGUUUUUAAGAUUAUUACAUAAAAAUUCUGUCAGGUUAAGGAUUGUGGUUUAAUAUUAAAAAUGUAAGUCAGAAAUUUUUCAGUUUUGUAUUUAUAUACAAGUAGAGCUGUGGCUUUCAUUUGCCAUCAAGUAUAUUCUCCCUUAUAGGAUUUUGAAAAUCUUAAAAUUUCUGAUUAAAAACCAAAAUGCAUUGAUUUAUUUUUGGCAUUAAAUAUACUGUUUAUCCUCUGCA